AUGCGACAACGGAACACAGACUCGGAGACAGAGCUCGAGGAGGAAAACCAGGAGGAAGAGUCACGGUCUCUGAGCGAUGAAGACCAGAUGUUCGUCGUUAUUACUCUGAGAAAUAUGGUGAAGAGAGAGAGGAAACGUGGAGAUUGUAUGAAGACGAAGCUGGAGAAGGAGAGAAAAGCCGCUGAAUCAGCUGCUGAAGAAGCCAUGGCUAUGUUACGGAUGGAGAAAAAGCGGUGGAGAUGGAGGCAAGUCAAUACAAGAGAGUCCCGUAACAGAAGCAAGUCAAUAAUCAAGAAGUGA